AUGCGAAGUUUUCACGGUGGCAGCAACCCCAAAAGAAGGAUGUCAGUGGGUGGUGAUGGGUGGCACACAGCGGCAGCUCCCAUGCUCCUCCCCUGGGGUUCGUCCGACGAGAUUGACGAGAGAGGGACGAAGAAGGUGGCAGGCGGUCGGAGGGGUGGAAUUCCGACAGCAACAACAUCGGUGAGUGAUCAAGUGGGCGUCGGCGAUGGGUGGCAGUCGACUGUGGUCGACGAGUUUGCCUAA